UCUCCCCGACACGAGUCGGCUCUUCAUGUUCGCUACAAAGAAUCGGCUCUUAGAGUCACUAGUUUCCGGCUCGUUCGUGAAGAACACAUCACUGGAGCUUAUACACAGGAUUUCUCAGAUAGUUUAGGAAAUUAUUUGAUCUUUGGAGGUAUUUUGGGACAUUAAUAAUCAGAAACAGAUAAAUGAGGUGAUAUUUGGAGGACCAGUUCUUGUUUCGUCUUUGUUUUGUUUACUUUGUGUAUUUGGUAAGCUAGCUCUGGUAGAUAGAGAGAGAGAGAGAGAGAGAGAGAGAGAGUUGAAGACCUCCUGGAACCGCCAAUGGUUUAAUGAUGGAUGUUGUGUAUGUGUGUGAGUGGGAGAAGAGAACCAAGAGCAACCACUGUCCAUCAAUCCCCCUGGUGUGUGCGUGGUCCUGCAGGAACCUCAUCGCCUUCACCACUGACCUGAAAAAUGAAGAUGAAGACAAAGAUCUCAGUCAUAUGAUCCAUAUCAUCGAUUCUGAACAUCCCUGGGACGUCUACUCCAUCAACUCUGGUCAUACAGAAGUUAUCUCCUGCCUUGAAUGGGACCAGUCAGGGUCCAGACUGCUCUCUGCAGAUGGAGAUGGACAGAUCAAGUGCUGGGCGAUGUCGGAGCACCUGGUGAACAGCUGGGAAUGUACUCAGAGCAGCUCGGUUGAUGGAGAACCUAUCGUGGCUCUGUCAUGGCUGCACAAUGGAGUGAAGCUCGCGCUGCAUGUAGAGAAGUCCGGGUCCACCAACUUUGGAGAAAAGUUCUCACGGGUGAAGUUCUCUCCCUCUCUCACUCUUUUUGGGGGAAAACCGAUGGAGGGCUGGUUGGCAGUGACGGUGAGCGGGUUGGUCAGCGUGUCCCUGUUGAAGCCGAACGGCGCUUUGCUGUCAGCCAGCGAGAGUCUGAGCCGCCUGCGUGGGCGCGUGGCCCUGGCCGACAUCGCGUUCACAGGCGGCGGGAACAUCGUGGUGGCUACGACCGACGGCAGCAGCUCUUCACCCGUGCAGUUCUACAAGGUGUGCGUGAGCGUGGUGAGCGAGAAGUGCCGCAUCGACACCGAGCUCCUGCCCUCGCUCUUCAUGCGCUGCACCACCGACCCCGUGCGCCGCGCCAAGUACCCUGCUGUCACACACCUCAAGUUCCUCACGCGGGAGAACUCAGAGCAGGUGCUGCUUUGUGCAUCCAGUCAGAUGGGAAGCAUCGUAGAGUGCUGGUCUUUACGGAAAGAAGGACUUCCGGUCAACAAUAUAUUCCAGCACCGUUCACCUGUUGUCGGAGAAAAGCAGCCGAUGAUUCUGAAGUGGCGAAUCCUUUCAACCACGAGUGACCUGGACCGUGUUUCUGCAGUGGCGCUGCCCAAACUGCCCAUCUCGAUUUCCAACACGGACCUUAAAGUGGCCUCGGACACAAAGUUCUGCCCGGGUCUCGGUCUGGCUUUGGCCUUCCACGAUGGCACGAUUCAAAUACUCCAUCGUCUGUCUCUCCAAACCAUGGGGGUGUUCCCUGGGACUUCCAGCACUUCUCAGCGUGUAGGGGACGAGCCGGCGAUUAAACGCCAGAGAACCGGAGGCCCCAUGGUGCACUUCAAAGCUCUGCAGUUCUCCUGGACGUCCCUGGCUCUGGUUGGAGUAGAUAACCUUGGAAAGCUGCACAUGAUCCGCGUGUCCCCCUCCAUGGGCCAGAUGUUGGACAUGAACAUUCUGCUACGCCACCUACUGUUCCUGCUGGAGUACUGCAUGGUGACAGGGUACGACUGGUGGGAUGUGCUGCUGCAUGUGCAACACAGCAUGGUGCAUAACUUGGUAGAGAAGCUGCACGAAGAGUACAUGAGGCAGAAUCAGGCCUUACAGCAGGUUCUCUCCACUCGAAUCGUAGCCGUAAAGGCCUCCCUGUGCAAGCUGUCUUUAGCCACCGCGGCCCGCGCAUGCGACUUCUACGCCAAGCUGCUCCUCAUCGCCAUCAGCUCCACGCUGAAAUCUCUGCUGAGGCCUCACGUUCUUAACACACCAGACAAGAGCCCAGGAGAUCGUCUGGCCGAGAUCUGCAACAAGAAUCUGGACACUGAUAUUGACAAGGUGAUGAUCAACCUGAAGACGGAGGAGUUUGUUCUGGAUGGACCUCCGCUCCAGUCCCUGCAGCAGCUCAUUCAGUGGGUGGGAGACUUUGUGUUGUAUCUGCUGGCCAACCUGCCCAACCAGGGCUCCACAGUGCGUCCAGGUUUCGGUUUCCUGCGUGACGGACCCUCCCUGGGCAUGCUGAGGGAGAUGAUGGUCAUGAUACGCAUCUGGGGCCUACUGAAGCCCGGGUGUCUGCCCAUCUACACAGCCACAUCAGACAACCAGGACAGCAUGUCUCUGCUUUUCCGCCUCCUCACUAAACUCUGGCUCUGCUCGCGAGACGAAAGUCAUCCUCAGGAGCCGGACGAGACGCUGCUGGACGAGUGCUGUCUGCUGCCCAGCCAGCUGCUCGUGCCCAGCAUGGACUGGCUUCCCAUCAACGAUGGCGUCAUUACCAAGAUCCAGAGCAAGCACCAUUUACGCCUGCAGUUUGGAAAACCCUACACCCUCCCCGGACUCAACCCCAACUCUCAGAUGGAGCUUUUCUCCAGGAAUCCAGCAUCUCAGAGGAUGGAUAAUCUCCGCUGUUUACACAUGGGCAUCCGUCCCACGGAGGACAGCAAGGCCUGCACCAGGUGCGGCUGUGUUACGAUGCUGCGCUCUCCGAACAAGACCAACGCCAUGAAGCAGUGGGAGCAGCGCUGGAUAAAGAACUGUCUGUGUGGGGGUCUGUGGAGGAAGAUCCCGAACUGUGUGGGCUGAGGGUCUUCAGAGCUUCAGAGUCCUGUUUGUGUGGGUGAAGCAGGGACGUGAUUAAUCAGUCAGCACUGCUGCAGUGGUGCGAAGGGAAAGGAAACUCACACACACACACACACACACACUCCUGUGUUCAGGAUACAGUAGAUGCAGUUUUUAUAUACAAACGCUUCUCGAGUAUUUCAGGCCCUGAUGAGGAAGUUCAGGGAGAGGGUUUGUAAAUUACUUGAUGAAUGAUGCUUUGAGAAUUUGUAAAUAUUUUCUUUUCCAUGUUGCAUUUUAUUUUAAUGUGCUUCUUUAUAAUAAACUCUGAGGCGUCUGUGACCACAA